GCGCCAUCUUGGAUAGUUUAUUUGAAAUCCGAACGCGACCGGCGGCGCGCGUAACGAAAGCGCGCGAAAAUCGCGAGUGUCAGAGACAAUGGUGUUUUAAAAAGUGUAGUGCAGUGAUAUGGUGUAAUUAGAAAACCAUGGAAAAUGGGCACGACAUCGAACCCGAGUUCACUGUCAAGAAGCUCGCCAGCCUGCUGGAGCGAGCCCCUCGGCUGGGAAGAGAGAAAGGCUUCAGAAAAGAGACGGAAGGCUUCGGGAAAGAGACGAAAGAUCGGGUCACGUAUGAGAGCGAACGGCUGACCAGUCACAGCGAAGCGUCUUCGAGAAGAAAUAGCGAUGAUGGGGGGAGAGCGAGGAAAGAGGGUCUUAGAGGAGAUGGCACUGCCUCUGAACCGCCUACCGCCAACGUGACCAGUCUCAACGCUUGGAACGACCUGGCCAGUUCCACAUCCACCACCAGGACGGAACUCAGCUCCGAUGGCACGGCGGAAGACCAGACUAACCUACAGCCUCCAGGAUCGGCUCUCCCAGGCACACCCAUGCACAUCAAGGACCCAUGGAGGUCUGCAGACAACCUCGCCCCUGAAUCCGCCUUCGGAACUUCGCUGGCAGACAUCAUGGAAAGCCCUGCCAAUAAGAUCCCGUUAAGAGAAGACAUAAAAUCAGUAUCGUCCGAGAGUCCCGAAGACAGACGGCCUCGUUUAGGUUGGCGUCUCGUUCGCAACGUGACCACGGCAGCCGGCGCCUUCAGUCCUAAAGGAACGCCGACUGCGCUACCGGGGACGCCACUGCCAAUACAAUCGAAACCAGAAAGCAAGAACACGGACUACUCAAAAGACAACCGAAAAUCAUCACUGCCGUUCUAUCCCAAUGAGAAGGAUGAAAUUAUUGGAGAGACCAGUCCUGAGGGUUUGGAUCCCGAAUCGCUCAUGUUCCGAGACGGCCGUCGUCGAAUCGACAUGGUUUUGGCGUAUGAAGAGGAAGACUUCGGAGUCAUGACGGAAGCUGAGGCCAGGAAGAGGGACUGUCGAAGGGUGUUCCAGGAAAACCUGGUAAAAGAAGGGCUGGAGCUAGAACUAGAAAACAAAUGCCUGUCGUUCGACGGCAAAACGUGGUUCAUCAAGAUCCACAUACCUUGGAAGACUGAGAUGAGACUGGCAGAAGUUAUUGGCAUGAAGUUGCCUACAAAACGGUUUAUCACCAUUUCUGUUAGAGCUUGGAGCGACGAAAAACAAGCAGAACGCGAUAAGAAAUGGCACUCAAAAUGGCGACGGCGAUGGAAACAGAUUUAUGAAUACGAACAUUCCAGAAUCGAGUCAGAACCUUCGUUCUACGCUGCUACAGAACAGAAGGGGGUCAAACGGGAGGAGCAGUUCCUGGUGAAAGACAGACAUACACAAUUUUCUCCAGCACAGCGCAGUUUGCUGGUCAUGCAGAUUCUACUCAGAGCCAAAUAUGACAAUAACGACACAAAGAUGGGUAUCCGUCGCCUGCUCAAUGACGGGACUUAUAUGGCGUGUUUUCCUCUACACGAGGGGCGGUACGAUAUCGACAUGGCUGAUGGGAGCCACACGGACCGACGACUUUUAUACCUUGAAUGGGCGCGUCCCUGCAAAUGGUACAAGAAGCAACCGCUGUGGCUGAUACGACGGUACUUUGGAGACAAAAUCGGCCUGUACUUCUGUUGGCUUGGGUUUUACACGAAGAUGCUUUACGCCCCGGCUGCUGUUGGGACGCUGUGCUUUUUGUACGGGCUGGCCAGUAUGGGGUCUGAAGACAACAUUCCUAGCAAAGAGAUCUGCGACAUAUCGGGCCCCGGUAACACGACACUCUGCCCGCUGUGCGACAAAGCCUGUCAGUACCAGAGAUUAUCGGACUCGUGUCUGUUCGCCAAACUGUCGUACCUGUUUGAUAAUCCGGCGACGGUGUUCUUCGCCAUCUUCAUGUCCUUUUGGGCAACAACAUUCCUAGAGCUAUGGAAGCGGAAACAGUCGGUUCUGCGCUGGGAAUGGGACCUGGGUGGUGUUGACCAGGACGAAGACCCAAGGCCAGAAUUCGAGGCGUCAGUAAAGACAUUCCGAACAAACCCAGUCACUAGAGAGAAGGAACCAUAUCUACCAGGCUGGCAGAAGACUAUGAGAUAUGUGGCUACCAGCUCGGCUGUUCUUUUCAUGAUAACAAUAGUCCUAGGAGCCGUGCUGGGGACCAUAAUCUACCGAAUCUCUAUGGUAUCCGUCAUCUAUGGAGGCUCCGGGUUUUUCCUGAAGAAACACGCCAAGAUCUUCACUUCUAUGACAGCGGCCAUCAUUAACUUGAUCAUCAUCAUGUUACUCACUAGGAUAUACGCAAAAGUGGCAGUCUUCCUGACCAACAUGGAGAAUCCACGGACACAGACGGAAUACGAAGAUUCUUACACAUUCAAGAUAUUCUUCUUUGAAUUCAUGAAUUUCUACUCGUCUCUCAUCUACAUUGCCUUCUUUAAGGGCCGCUUCUAUGACUAUCCCGGCGACGACCAAGCUCGAAAAUCCGAGUUCUUCAAGCUUAAAGGCGACAUAUGCGAUCCCGCGGGCUGCCUAUCUGAGCUGUGUAUACAACUCGCCAUCAUCAUGAUUGGCAAACAGUGCGUCAACAACUUCGUGGAACUCGGGAACCCAAAAAUCCACAACUGGUGGAGACAGCGCACCCACCGGGCUAUCACCCGGGAUCCGACGAAGCCCCACAUGGCUUGGGAGCAAGAUUACCAUCUACAGGAUCCUGGGAGGCUGGCACUCUUCGACGAAUACCUGGAGAUGAUUCUACAAUACGGCUUCGUAACGCUAUUCGUGGCAGCGUUCCCGCUGGCGCCUCUGUUCGCGUUGCUCAACAACAUCGCUGAGAUCAGAUUAGACGCUUACAAGAUGGUCACACAGGCGCGACGACCGUUGGCAGAGAGGGUUGAAGAUAUUGGGGCUUGGUAUGGCAUUUUAAGAGGGAUAACUUACGCAGCAGUUGUUUCUAAUGCAUUCGUGAUAGCUUACACGAGCGACUUUAUCCCCCGAAUGGUGUACAAAUACGUGUAUUCUCCGGACAACACUCUUGCUGGCUACAUCGACCAUUCUUUGUCACUGUUCAACACAUCAGACUACCGCGAAGAGUGGGGAGCGUACGUUGAUCUUAGUCAAGUCGUCCUCUGUUACCGAGGCUACCGGAACCCUCCGGACCACUACGAUCCUUACGGACUCUCUCCGCACUAUUGGCAUGUGUUCGCCGCUCGGUUGGCAUUCGUGGUAGUUUUUGAGCAUGUGGUAUUCGGCCUCACCGGUCUCAUGCAGCUCUUCAUACCGGACGUGCCAACGGAACUUCGAACGCAGAUGCAGCGAGAAGCUUUACUAGCCAAGGAGGCCAAAUAUGAACACGGGCGACGCCGGCUCUCUACAGAGUAUCGGCAACUGAUUACGCAGAAGAGCGACAGUGGAGCCCCCACAGAGCGCGCCCCAUGGAUGCGACGCGCCUCACGCGCGUCAGACAGUUUGGACGCGCAUGUUGCCAUCGCUCAACGACCGUCCUCGCCCCACUGACACAAGCGACUCGACCUUCAACUCUUUAGGUCGGAGAAGACGGAUUAGGACAUAAACGUGGAUGUGGGAUAAGAUCGGCAGACAUGUGUUAUGUGACUUAUGUGUUUAUAUUACAGCCAGAGAAGUCGGAUUAGGACGCGUGUAAUGUAAUAGAUGUGGGAAAAGACCGUCACUAUUGCUAGUAAUUAGUGUCAGCUAUGGAUAGAUGUCGCCAUCGAUCAACGACCAUCUUUUCCCCACU